GCAAAAGAAGGAAGCCUGUGAAAAACAGAUUCCGAGCUUUCCUCGUUCCUCUGUAUUAUCUGUGCUCGGGGCUGCUGGUGUUUUGCUGUAGGUGUUGUGAUUUCAGUUGUUAUGAGUCUGGCUCAAGAGUUUGAAUCCUUUAUUCUGGGUAUAUAUUCACACAGAAAGCAGAGUCAUAACAAAACGGCAGAGGUUGAGGUAAGUGAAUAGACUCUUCCUGCACAGCAGGUUUUAGUUGCAUUUUCAUGAAAAUCCAUUCCACAAAUUGUUCCACAACGCUUCUAUUAAACAGGAAACGAAUUUGGUUGUUAUCAGAUGUUUGAAAAAAGGAAAGAAAGCCCUCUGUGUUCAGGUGGAAUGUGAGAGUACAGCAGAGGAAUACUUGUAACCAAAGUUAUCUGAGUGUCAAACCACUGCAGCGUUUUUCUCACUUUUCCCCUCAGCUCGUCGGGCGUCUGCUUCUGUCUGUUUACAUCCUCAGCUGAUGUGUAGGCUGCCAUCAGCAUGACAAGAGAGAAUCACAGAGUGGAGAUGAGUCGGUGAUUUGAUGAGGAGAGGGGGGGGCAAUGUUGAUAGACCUGCUGCACCAGAGAAACUUUCACUUAAUGUCAGUUUUCAUUCAGAGCCUCCUGACAGUUAUUUAUAUCUCCUGCUCAUAGGCGCUCAGGUUGGACUGGGAUGUUAACUAUGUUGCAAUAGGCAGCUGUCUUCUGCAUAUAAGGCAUGAUUUGAUUUAAUGCACGGCAUCACUGCCUGUCACUCCUCAAGUAUGUGAUCGUUGCUUGUGAUAAAAUGUUUGCAGCGUGAGCUCAGCCACAGAGUUUGAAUAAGAGGGAAACAUCUUCAUCCUUUGAUCCAUUUGAUUAACUUACCUUUGGACUCAAAGAGGUGAUAACAUGCCUCAUCUGUUCAACAAAGAAUCCAUGAUUAAUUAGCUCAAGUAUAGAGCCAUGUAGCUUUCACUUAGGUGCCCGAGGUUCACUUCAUCAUUUACGUCUGUUAGACUGGAACAAGGAAUGUCAGUGUUGUGUUUCAAGUGUUUUUAAGUGGGGUUUUAAAAGUGGAGCAGAUAAUAAUAGAUUCCUGAGAGGAAGUUGACAGCCAUCAGGCAUGCAGGCAGGGUGUGUCACAGGGAGGGAGGGGACAGGUGUGAAUGUGAAUGUUGAUGUUCGGGGAGUCGUCACUCCCUCCUCAUUCCAGCUCUGACUCUACUCAGCUCACCAACUCGUCACACACAGCCCCGAGCCCCAGCAAAGACUCACCACAUCCACCCCGUCCCAGAGCAAAGAAACUGGAGCAGAGGACAGAUUUACAUCGCACUCACAUGGUUUCCAGCCACCAGGACUGAACAGAGCUAGGUUUUGUGCUGGAGUGUAAUUCCUGGAUUCCUGUAGCGUGGUGGAUAUGGGAGGCAGAGAGGAGGUAGUGGUGACCAGGCUCGGGUCCGACAUGCAGUCUCCACGCACCAGGUUGAACCGUUUCAGGUUCCGUCCGGCCCAAAGCCCACUGAGGGGGAAGCACGUGAAGCCGUCCUCCCUCAAGAAAAAAGCCAGAGAUCCCAGCCCCACCGAGAUGAGCGUGGAGCCCUGGGCCAGCCCGCAGGACCAGGCAGCCGCUGAACACGCACAACACAGCACGCACGCGCUUCCCGCCCCGGAUCAGGAGCAGCACCCCGACAAACUCUGCCUGGACUCCUUCUGGAGUGAGGUGGAGACCAUCCGACAGGGGAGUGGCUACGCAGACCUCGACAGCACGAGGAGAGACUCCAGACAGUCAGAAGAGGGCGAACAGGAGGAGCAGUGGUUGGCUGACGCUGGUUUGUCGACCCUCAUCAGUGAGGACAGCGGAGAUGUAGACAACGUGGUGCUGCUGUCCACUCUGACCCGGACCCAGGCCGAAGCCGUGCAGCGCCGACUGGAUUCCUACACACUGUCCCUCCGCAAGAGGAACAAACCGGCGCCACGCGACGUUCGAGACAUCUUCAACUCCCCCAUCGCUCAGACCCGCCUGCCUGAGGCGCAGCACAGUGAAGACCUCGCACAAAACAGCAUGGCGUCAGUUACUAAAACACCACUGUCAGCCGUGACACCGGAGCAUCAGCGAUGUGCUCCUAAAGAGGAGUUCUUCAUCACCGACGUGGCUUACUGCGAACAGGCCGUCAUCUUCCUCAAACAGGCCAAACUGCCGCAGCUCAACAUGCAGCGCAGGAAGGAGGACGGCACGCUGCCCCGGGUGGUCUGCCCCAAGUGCCGUCUAGGAGUGACUCGCAUCCAAGAUCUCUCCCACGCCGACAUGAAGAAGGUGCGGCAGCUGGCCCUCAUCGACAUGACGGCGCUGUGCGACCUCCUGGAGCUCGAGGUCAAAAGGCACAAGACCAGCAAGAGGAAAAUCCCAGAGAGCUCGCUGUUCGGGGUGCAGCUGGCCACGCUGCUGGAGAACGAUCAGAAAGUGAAGCCCAACACCACGACUCCUCUCUUCCUGCAGGCGUUGUUGUCGUUUUUGGAGAAGAAAGGAGUCGACUCAGAGGGGAUCCUGCGGGUUCCAGGGUCUCAGUCCAGAAUCAAGCUGCUGCAGCAGAACUUGGAGGCCAACUUCUACUCAGGACAGGUCAGCUGGGAUGACGUGAGUCCAAACGACGCUGCCGCGCUGCUGAAGAAGUUCAUCCGGGAACUUCCCGCCCCUCUGCUCACCGCCGAGUACCUCAACACCUUCAGCGCCGUCAGAGACAUCACAGAGCUGAAGCAGAAACUCCACAUGUUGAACCUGCUCAUCCUGCUGCUGCCUGAGCCCAACAGGAACACACUGAAGGCUCUCCUCGAGUUCCUCAGUAAGGUGGUUUCCAGGGAGAAGAGGAACAGGAUGAACCUGUGGGCCGUGGCGACCAUCAUGGCUCCCAACCUCUUCCUCCAUAAGGCCGUCCCCAGCAGACUGACGGAGGGCUCAGAGAAAGGACAGGCGGAGAAGGCGGCUGAUGUUAUGAGGCUCCUCAUCCGCUACCAGGACCUGCUGUGGACGAUCCCAAAUUUCCUCAUGAGCCAGGUGCGGAAGCUGAAUGAGAACAGUAACCGGCGUUACCAGUUCUACGAUCGCCGCAUCAAGAACCUGCUGAGGAAGAUCCACACAGACAGCCGCGAGAAACCUGAUAAAAACACCUCGGAGCUGUGCCGUACGGUGAAGGUCCAGGUCGGGGAUCUGGUGAGCGGCACCAUGGAGUACCAGCUCAACAUCAACUCACGAGCCUCAGACCUGCUCGCCCAGUUUCACCGCCAGUUCCUCCGCAGCCCCGAAAAUGGAAAAGGCAAAAUGAGAAGAAACGGCUCUGUGGCGAAUCCAGACUGCGCCCUGUACGAAGUGGGAGGGAAUAUCGGUGAACACUGUCUGGAUCCUGACACACACCUUCUGGACCUGUACAACAACAACCCUGGAGGAGAGUGGCUCAUCAAGCUGAGACCUAACGCCAGCAGAGGGCUGUGACAUGGAGGCUGUGGACGGACUGAUCUGGGAACAGGUCACUGAAGACGACAGAGUCUAAAAAAAGAUGACCCCCCCCUCACUUCCUGUCCUGUUGAACCUUCGAGCAACACAGGAGAGGGAGACAGAUGGAGGAACAGAAAAACUGAGAAUCUCUUUCCCUCUUCCCAUCUAUCCAUCCUCUCUCUCUCUCUCCUUUAACUCCAUCAUUCCUCUCUCGGCUGCGACGCUCAAAGCAAAAAGCGGCUGACGUGACUCAUUACUUCCGACAGAGAACCUGCUGCACAGAGGAGAGAGGAGAGGCAGGGCGCCAUCUUUCCCCUCAAACACUCCUGUCCAGCCAUGAGCGAGCAGAUGGGGAUGCAGAGCUCCUCUGGCUACACAGAGCCCCCCACACACACACACACACCAGUCAGACGGUGUGUUUCAUUCAUGAGUCUCCUGUAAAACAGAGGUUUUAAUCAUGCUAAAUCAUGCUUUUAUGAUUUAUUACUGAGGCCGACCUGGAAACACCCAGUUCCUGACUGAUCAAUGGACUGAUCCUCCUCUCCCUCCAUGUUUCCUCCAUCACAGAGGAAACAAAGACAGAGGGUUUCUCUGUGCCUGUGCCAUUCAAAGAGGGAGAGAGACCCUGAUGAACUGAUAUCCCCUUUAUCUGUGAAACCCCUGCCGUCUCCUGGGCCUUAUAAAAAUCCACAGACUUCCAAGGACCCUGACCUGUACAGAACAGCUCGAAGAGACUGUCUUUUCUUUUUGAUACCAAGGGAUUUGGUGUCACGACCUCCAGGACAGUUAUUGUAGCUCUAAAGGGAGUUGUUAAGGACACACAGUGAAGCUGGUCUUCAGUUCUCGUUUCUAAACAUGAAUGGAGCAGAAAGUGCUGCAGUGACUCCUGGGGUAAACUGGGAUUAUUAUUAUUUAUAUGAAUGUAAUGCCAUUGUUGCUUCUGUAUUCGAUGAGUAUUCUGUAGGUUAGAGGCCGUAGGAUAAUGUGCUGCACUCAGUGUAACAGUAUGUUGUGUUAAGUCGCCCAUACUCAGUGUGGGAAUUUGCAGUGUUCUUGUACAUAUUUCUUCAUGCUCAGUUGUUGUUUUUGGAUGGAUCUCUGUACAGUCAGAUUGUAAAUACUGCUCAGUCAUGCACUCUGCUGUGAAGAGGCCGGUGUGUGGUCUCAGAGCCAGUUAACUUAUUCCAAACACACAAGCAGCAAAGUGAAUGUGUUCACCACUGUCGCACCGCCAGACGGGAAUCAUUUACUCCUCGCAACCGGAGCCAUGUUGGUGCUCCGCGGCCAUUUUGUGGGAAGUGUCUCGCACACUCCACUCGAUAGACGGGAGUAAUGACAGCCGGCUCCAGCACCAACAUCUAUCAACACCCUCUGCUCCAUCUCUGUCACCUCCCCAUAAUGGACCAUAAUGGCAGCGCGGCGCAUGCAUCUGAAACGCACCGAGGAAUCACAGUUCUUUGAUAAAGGAGAAGGUAAUAAAUGGAUGUUAUAAAUUCUGCUGCCCUGGACCUGACGACAGCAGCAGGAGCGAGCAUGCAUGCAUACGUGUGUGUGUGUGUGUGUGUGAUGAGCUUCAUUACACAAGUCCAAUUGGCCUGUUCCAGGGUCCCGGGCACAGUUCAGUGCCUCGGCACAAAGCGAGCUGAUGAAGCCGCCUUCUGCUGACAAUCAGGAGAACUAGGUCACCUCUGAAGCAGCAUCCCAGAGGGCGAGCGGUGUGAGUCCAAACACCCCGAGGAGCAGAGCACAUGGACACGUAUUGUCUAAACACACAUCACACACACACACACACGGACACACCAAAACAGGGGGUGCAAGUUCACACACUACAUCAGUUUUGUGUCGACUGUAUUUGUGUUUGUAUAUAUGUGAAUGUGUUUGUGUGAGAGAAACAGGAAGCUGCCUCUGGGGUAGAUAUCUCUGAAACAGUGUUAUCUGUAUAAUUACCCAGGACUACAUGAAGGACAGUUACAUGGACGCUUGUUCCCUGUGGUGUGGACCUCUUAUCGUCUUCAUCACAACCAGCUUUUACUGUGGUGAAGACGUCAAGAAUGUAUAUUUAUGCCCUUUACACGAGUCACUGUUUUUAAUACUUCUGUGAAAAUACUUUAGGCUUCGCUGUAGAAGGAAAAAACUUUUGAAAAAUGUUCUUUUUUUAUGUCAAUAAAUGUGAAUCUAAU